AUGGCCCCAGGGAGAGCCGCCUUCCCCGAGGAGGAGAGUUUCCGGCGGACUCGGAAGCUGUCCCACGCUGCGCUGCUGCAGAAGCUGCGCAGGCGAGCAGUUGUAUGGGCUUUGCUGUUCUUGUUGAGUGUGUGCAUUUACAACGCGCUGGCCCUAAUUGGCUUUUUUGGACUUCUUCCAGCCAUUGGGGGCACUCAGAAAAGUGCAGAUCGCGCGGCUCUCGCCAAGUUCAUGCAAAAUGCCGUUUCCGGAGUUGCGCUGCCGCUGGUGCCAAGUGCAGAUCUUUUCGACCAACACGCCGUCAUUUUGGGCCCUUACGGGCCCGUUCGAGCGCCCUUCACCAGAAAUAUGGAUUUGCUGAUGCGGCGGCUGACGCAAGAUAAAUAUCUGGUCAAGACUUUGGAGUUUCUCUUCAAGAACACAGACUACAAAGCCAUUCGCGAGGUGAUUAUUGUGGAUGACGCGAGUGGCAAACAUGUUAAAGAAGUUUUGGCAGAGGCCCACCUGCCCUCCAGCAUUUCAGACAAAGUUAAAGUGAUCAGAUUUGAUGAACCCCAGGGCCUAAUUCGCGGCCGCAUCACCGGGGCGGACUCCGCCUUAAGUGACAAUCUUUUCUUCCUCGACGCCCACUGCAAACCCCAGAAGGGCUGGGAGUAUCCUUUGCUGCAGCACUUGAAAACCAACUACCGCAGAGUCGCAUGCCCCGUCAUUUACGUGCGCCCAGCUCCAGCAGCAGCAGCAGCAAUAGCAGCAGCAGCAGUAGAAGCAGCAGCAGCAAUAGCAGUAGCAGCAGCAGCAGUAGCACUAGCAGCAGCAGUAACAGCACCAACAGUAGCAGCAGCGGCAGUAAUAGCAGCAGCAGCAACAGCAGCAGCAGUAACAGCAACAGCAGCAGCAGUAACAGCAGCAGCAGCAGCAGCAGUUGGUGUCACGUUUUGGCGUGGGCAGUUUGGGGUGUACGUACAGGACGUGAAGGAGCACAACUGGGAAGACGUGGGGACCCACGGCUCAAAAAUGAUGUUUGAAUGGACUUUUGAAUUUAGUUGGUUUGAAGAUCUCGAAGAAGAAAUCCCCCUCAUGUCCGGGGGAAUACUCGCAAUGACCAAGGAGUGGUGGGAGGAGUCAGGAAAAUACGACUCCGGGAUGCUGGAGUGGGGCGGGGAAAACCUGGAGCAGUCCAUGCGUCUGUGGCUCUGCGGGGGCGAAAUAAUUGUCGACAGAAGAUCUCAAAUUGGACACAUUUUCUCCAGACCCCCCAAACCAAACCCCGAGAACAAACUCGUCAUUCAGGUGCAGAAGAACCAGAAAAGAGCCGCCAAAGUUUGGCUGGACGAAUACUACGCUUUGUUUUAUUUGUACCACCCGGAGGCGCGGCAGCACGCAGAGGGGGACUUGCGGGGGCGGCUGGAGCUGCGCUACAACAAACUCAACUGCGUUUCUUUUCAGUGGUUUGUGGACAAGUUCCGGCCAGCUUUCGAGCGAAAGCUGCUGCUGGACCACGACUUCAAGCACAUCCAGCAUGCAGCUUCAGGGCUUUGCGUGGCUGCAGACAGAAACCCGAAGGGCCACGACAAAGUCAAACUGGCUGUCUGCAAUGUGGCGGACCAGGACCAACACUGGCAGGUGGUGAGCGGAAACCGCAUGCUGCAGAACAGAGGCACUCGGAAGUGUCUGGACUCCGCGACUUUUGGAGACCAAGUGCCGAUUUUGUUUCGCUGCGACUGGAAUGGAGUGAUCCGGCGGGCCAAUUUGAAUCAGCUGUGGCAGUGGGACGCAGCAGCAGCAGCAGCAGCAGAAGACGAAACUGCCACGGGACGCAUCUUCGUCUACGACGGAUACUGGAGUUUGUCGCUGACUGGCGCAGACAUUUUCCCCCUUCAGAAGGAAUACCUCGAGAGCCCGAGGGCCCGCUGCCUGGCCGCAGAGCGUACAAAGCCUGCUGCUGCUGCUGCUGCUGCAGCAACAGCAGCAGCACCGCCUGAGGAGCUGCGGCUGUUCUUGAGGCCCUGCGUGGGACUCGUCAAGGGGGAAAGCGACCCCAUGAAGUUCGUGCCCAAGUGGACUUGGUCUCCGCUGUCUACGCGUUUCGGGAAGCGAACAUUGCAGGAAGGACUCAAAAUAACGGACGAGUUUGCGGUAAACUACAUGAAAGCAAGAAUGUAA